UAUCAACCAUCCAUUAAAUUCUCCCGUCGUUUUCCUCUUGCAAUAAAUCCAUAUAACGCAUUUCCCGGGAUUGCUUUGAGUCUACUCUACUCUACUCUACUUUCUCUCUCUCUCUCUUCACUCUGUACGAUACUGUAGCUCUCCCACCAAAACCUAACGCAAGUCCAACCAUUAAUCUAUAAUUAUGAUAUUCCCUUUGCUUCGUUUGUAAUUAUUCUACAAUUCUACCAAAAAAAGCAAUUAUUCUACAAUCUCUUUUUGUCUUCUCAUUGGUUCUCUGUAAAUCCAGUCGACGGAAUUUGUUGAAAUGGAGCAAUUACUGUCGAAAAAUCCAGCCAUGAACUUCGACGAGGUCUCCAUGGAAAGAAGCAAGGGCUUCGUCAAGGCUCUGCAGACAACUCGUUUUCAUUUGUUCUUUGAAUGGUUUGGUGGUGCUUCCUCAACUCCAAUGUUCUUUUCUUUUUAUUGAGAAAACAAUAUCUACUUCCACCCGAAAGAAGGAGAACGCUAGGAUUGGGAGAAAAAGCUAUGUUUAUCCCACUAUACAUUUCAAACUUAUUAAUUAUGGAGGAAUUGAAGAACUUACGGCCACAACUUUAUUCUGCUGCUGAAUAUUGUGAAAAAUCUUAUCUUCACAGCGAGCAGAAACAAAUGGUCCUUGACAACCUGAAGGAUUAUGCAGUACGAGCCCUAGUAAAUGCUGUCGAUCACCUUGGCACUGUUGCUUACAAAUUGGAUGAUAUCUUCGAGCAACAAAUAUUAGAUUUUACCACCUUGGAUUUAAAGCUUUCAUGUCUGAAUCAGAAAGUUCUUACUUGCCAAAUUUACACGGAUAAAGAAGGUCUCAAGCAGCAGCAGUUGUUGACAUUCAUCCGAAGGCAUCACAAGCAUUAUAUUUUACCAAAAACAAUCAACAAGAAAGUACAGUUUAGUCCACAGAUAGAGACAGAUGCCAGGCAAAAGCAUAUUCUAGCAAGGCCUCGUGUUCAUCCUUCAGGCACCCCUGCAUCAAAAACUCUUUCCUGGCAUUUAGCCUCAGAAACAGACUCUACUUUUAAUGGGACUCAAAAUGCAUUGAUGGGCAUUAAAGGCACAAAAGCUACUGGGACAACUCUGGGAGGCUUCCAGCUGUUGGAUGCUGGUGAAGCUGUCUCAUUAAAAUCCUCAGCACCUCAUCUUCAGACAACUAGUGGAUCUUCUGCUUCUGGUGCAGUUCUGCAAACAUUUGGUGUCACAAGAAGGGAUUCUUUGGAAGCAUCCAAACAGUUGACAGCAUUCAGGUCUUUUGACAACCUGGGUCGGCGUGAGACUGUACGUGCCCCUGUUCGCAGCAAAAGUAUGCUAUCAUCAUUGUUUACCAAACACAAAUCAACGAAGCUGUAGCAUUGUAUGUUGGCCAAUCUACCUUUUGGAAUUUCGCGUCAAUUGGGCGUUGCUUCCUACUGAAUUGAUGGUUUUAACUAUCCUUAUGUGCUUGGUGGAGCCAUUUCACUGGUUGGCCAUUGAAGAUCACAAUAGUCAGUUGAUCUUCUACUCUAGCUAUGGUGAAUCUCGCUAGCAGAAGUAAACGAAUUCCAGGCAAGUUCUGACCCCUGCAGUUCAGGAUUGUCUAAAAACCAGCUUUGGCCAGAUGAUCUUGAUUGAAUCAACCUGACAGAUGGGAUCCCCCCCC